CGCCCAGGCAUGACAGAGAUUUCCCGGCGCCGCCGCCGCCCCCCGACAUGCGGCGGCUCCUGCUGCCGUUGCUGCUUCUGGCCGCCGCUGGGCUGGGGCUGCUGUCGGAGCCUCCGGGGGAGCCGUCGGGCACGCAGUGCCUGGAGCACGACUGCUUCAGCGUCUUCUGGCAGCCGGCCGCCUUCAGCGAGGCGAGCGCGGCGUGCGAGCGGCGCGGCGGGCACCUCAUGACCGUGCGCUCCACCGUGGCUGAGGACGCGCUGGCGCUGCUGCUGCAGAACCGCAGCGGCUCCCUGUGGCUCGGCCUGCGGCUGCCGCACGGCUGCCCCGAGCCGGCGCAGCGGCUGCGCGGCUUCCAGUGGGUCACGGGCGACCGCCGCACCGACUACGUGAACUGGCGGCGGGCGCCGGGCCGCUGCGGGCCGCGCUGCGUGGCCGUGGCGCGGGACCUGCGCUGGGAGGAGCGGCGCUGCGAGGCGCCCGCCGACGGCUUCCUCUGCGAGUUCAACUACGGCAACAGCUGCCCCAAGCUGCGCGCGCCCGCCGCGCUCAACGUCACCUACGCUACCCCCUUCGGCGCCCGCGGCAACGACUUCUUGGCCCUGCCGCCGGGCAGCGUGGCGCGCGCCGCGGCGCUGGGGCUGGAGCUGCGCUGCGCGGAGAGCGGCAGCGACGGGGGGCUGCGCUGGGGCCGCGAGAGCCCYGGCGCCUGGGCCUGCGAGCUGGGCAACGGUGGCUGUGAUGAGGAGUGCCGGGACAAGGACGGGCGACCGCGCUGCUCCUGCCUGCCUGGCACGCGGCUGGGUACUGACGGGCGCUCCUGCGUGUCGCUCUGUGCCGGGGCRCCCUGCCAGCACCUCUGCGUGCCCGAUGGCGCCGGCUUCCACUGCAUGUGCGACGCAGGCUAUGAGCUGGCCGCUGAUGGCAGCAGCUGCCAGGAUGUGGACGACUGCGCCACCAAGCCGGGCAUCUGCGACCAGGAGUGCCUCAACACAGAGGGCGGCUUCGAGUGCCGUUGCCACAGUGGCUACGAGAUGGUGGAGGGGCACUGCCGCGCYGUGCCGCACUGCCGCAAGGCCAACUGCGCGCACGUGUGCGAGGACGUGCCCGGCGGCUACCGCUGCCACUGCUUUAGUGGCUACAUCGUGGACCCCCAGCAGGCCACGCAGUGCGUGCUGCACUGCAACCGCAGUGAGUGCCCGGCCGAGUGCGACCCGCGCACUGAGGAGUCCUGCGAGUGCCCCGAUGGCUUCAUCUUAGACGACCGCGAGGGCGGCCUCAAGUUCUGCAUCGACAUCAAUGAGUGUGACAUGAACUACUGCGAGCACAACUGCACGAACCACCCUGGCAGCUACGCCUGCCACUGCCAUGCGGGCUACAUGCCCGUCGACCAGCACCGGUGCAAAAAAGUGGGUGAUGAGGAGGAAAUGUACUCGGGCGACAGGGAGCCCAGCACYGAGGUGCCUGCCGCCACCAGGACACCGCCAAAGGCAGGUCCCCUGCACCCUGGCGUGCUGGUGGGCAUCACGGUGGGCAUCCUCUCCAUGGUUUUGGUCCUGCUGGCCCUGGUGUGUCACCUGGUGAAGAAGCGCUGCCGGUCUCCCUCCAGCAUGGAUUACAAGUGCAGCGGCAGCGCGGAAAAGGAGAUGGGGCUUCAUCAGGUGACCCCAGCAUGCGCCUCUUCCAGCCAGAAACUGUAGGGUAGCUGGGCGCAGCGGCGAGAGGGAGGUGAAGGGGACUGCUUUAAAUCUUUUUCAUGUUUUUAAUUGAACAAAAGAUCAGUAAAAGCUGUGAUCACCCCCACCCUUCCAAACUGGCCGUGUUUCUGCCAGCAUCGGCAAUACUCGCUGCGAAGGCUGGGGAGGAUGAGAAGGGCACRGUCCUGUGCUGAGCUUCUCCAUCCCCGCUCCCUCUGCACAGAGUGUCAGACCUUCCUCAGCUUUUCCCUUUGUGUGGCUCAGCGACUGGCGUGGAGCUCCACCAAAGGACCCUACCUGUGUGAUGGGGAGGAAUGUCCGUGCUCGGACCUGUCCUUCAAGCCCGCUUUGAUGGGGAGGCAAGAGCACCCAAGAGACUUAUUUAAUUCUCUAGCGAUGGACCUGACGUGCGCUCUUGCCUGGUGGUUGUCGGCUGGGCCACCUGAGCUUCUCCUCAGCUGAAAGGAGCCACCUGCCUGGAGGUAAAGGUUUUCCAGGGACAGCGAGGAGCGGGGGAUGCCCCUGUGGUUGUUUAGAUUCGGUUUAAUUUUCUUUUAAACUGGUUAAUUAUGAAAGAAGUAGCAAAGAUCCUUUGGUCCAGCACUUCUGGCUUGCCUGCGCCAGUCUGCAGCACUGGUAGAAAUUCCCUGUGCUUUCUCUUCUAUCUGUCUCACCUCUAGCAGCUGGGUGCUUUUUGCAUAAAGCCAAAAGCAAGAGCUGGGACAUUACUGUUUCAGGGCUAAAACGUCCAAUUUUUUUAUUCCUUCUUAUAGAUUUGGUGGGGGGGAGAGUGCAAGAGUUAAAUGGGGAUGCCAAGAGUCAUUUCGUUUUCAGGAAAGGGCUUUCCAAAGCCAACUGUGCCUUGUGUCUUCCACACAAUUUUCUGCUGGGAAUUUGUCCCAUUGCUGCAUUAAAGUGUUAUGCAGCAGUUAUGUCCCAGUGCUAUUGAGCCUGCUGACUGGCCUGCUCCUACUGGCAAAGCUUUUUUCCCCCAUUUUUCCUUAAAUCCUGCCAGGAUCGGGGCUGAGGCGAAAACGCUGUUCAUGCAGGRGCCAGUGGCAGGACUCCCAGUGGCUCUAGCAGGAGCCGGAUCCAUGUUGUCCUUCCAGCYGCAGACUGGAGGAAAACCUGGGAAAACGAUUCUGUGUAUUUUUCCAUGUCUUUUAUCAAAACAUUAGACAAUGGGCUUAGGAAGUGCUGCAAACCCAGCAUGGUGCCAGCAAAUGCAUCGUGCAAGAAAACACGCUCAGCCUUUAUCAGGUGCAGCUGAUGCCUGCCUGUGUGCCAGCCUCCACCGGCAGCCACCCAGCUUCUACCAACAAGUUUAUGGCUGGGUUUCCCUGCAGGAAAAGUUAGGUUUGGGGGGUCAAAAGUCUGUUUGACAGGACUCCAGGAUGUUGCCUGCAAAGCAGCCGAGAACAGGGCACACGCAGUGCCGUCCGCUUGUGCAUCAGGAAUGCUGAGCUCCCAAGGAUUUUGUGUUUGU